CUCACAACAGCAACCCGCAACCUGCAAAGUACAAUAAAUACACCACCAUGCCAGUGGAAUCCAAGCCGGCUGCCGAAGGGUUGCGGGAACGGCACAAGGCGGGUUCCGUCGGAAACUCCCGCGAAAAAGAUAACUUGAAACCAAAAUCGAACGGAUCAAAACUUGUUCACGCUCAAGUCGCAGCAGCACAAGUCGGCGAUGUUCUCAGUUUGCUGCUACUCUUUCGCUUCAUCAACGCCCUCUGCGUCCGCACAUUUUUCCAGCCAGAUGAGUAUUUUCAAGCACUCGAACCGGCAUGGAGCAUUGCGUUCGGGGCCGACAGCGGCGCCUGGAUGACCUGGGAAUGGCAAUACCAGCUCAGGUCAUCGCUGCACCCCGCCAUAUUUGGCCUGGCAUACAAAGCUGCAGAGGCUCUUAUGAGCUUUCUACAUCUGUUUCCGCCGUUCAUAUCCUUCAUGCUUGUGGCCUUACCUGGAACCUUGCAGGCCGUGUUUGCUGCCCUAGGUGACUUCUACACGUGGAAGCUGGCCAUGGAUAUUUACGGUAGAGGGAGCAAUGCCCCAUGGGCUGCGCUAUGGAUGUCAGUGCUCAGCCCCUGGCAGUGGUAUUGCUCCACUAGAACCUUCUCCAACUCCCUAGAGACAACAUUGACUAUUGCCGCUUUGUGUUAUUGGCCCUGGGAAGUCCUCGAUGGUUCAAAGGCGAACAAAGAAGCGCAAACACCCUUACAGCAGAAGGGAAGAGUGACGAGCCUGCGUAUAUCGCUUGUACUCGCAGCCGUCGCCGUGUUGCUACGGCCGACAAACCUGCUCAUAUGGCUUGUUGUCCUGGGCGUUUCUCUAACACGGCUGCUUCCCGUCGGACAGCCACCUUUGCAGACAUCGACCCUGCUGGUGCUCUUCCGUGAGAUCGUCAUCUGCGGCACGGUGGUGCUGGCCAUCUCUCUCGUUUCCGAUCGCCUGUACUUUGGCUUUUGGACUUUCCCGCCAUACAACUGGCUCUACUUCAACAUCUCGCAAUCGCUCGCCGUCUUUUACGGCCAGAUGCCCUGGCACUACUAUUUCUCCCAAGGCGUACCGCUGCUCACCACGACAUUCCUCCCCUUCACCCUCGUCGGGCUCUACAAGGCAUCUUCUUCAUCCAUAAGCCCGUACGCCCUCCGAUCCGGCGUCCUCGGCACUCUGAAUGCUGCCGCCCUAACGAUGAUCAUCGUCCUCUCCCUCAUCUCCCACAAAGAAGUCCGCUUCAUCUACCCCCUCCUCCCGAUCUUGCACAUACUCGCAGCGCCCUACAUAACCUCCUUCUUCACCAAACCUCCCACUACCCCCGCUACCAUCCCAUCCCCCCCAUCAUCCAAACCAACCCCCGUCACCCUCCGCCACAAACUAACCCUCACCAACCUCCUCUCCCUCAACCUCCUCCUCGCCGGCUACCUCUCCCUCUUCCACCAACCGGCCCCCCUCUCCGUCCUCUCCUUCCUGCGCACCGACUUUGAACGCAUCCACCCCGACGCCCUCGACAUCACCCACACCACCAACCACCUCACCAACCUCAACCCCCCCCACGACGACACCACCACCACCGAAGAAGAAGAAGAAGCCGCCAAAACCAAAAAGGAACUAUUCGCCCUCUUCCUCACCCCCUGCCACACCACCCCCUGGCGCUCCCACCUCGUCUACCCGGCCCUGCGCGCCCGCGCCCUGACCUGUGAGCCGCCCCUGCACACCAGCCCCGGCACGCCCGAGCGCGACACCUACCUCGACGAGGCCGAUCGGUUUUAUCUUGAGGAGGAUGAUGCAGGGGGUGCUGAGGGGUCUUAUGGGGUGGGGUUUUUGGGGCGGGAGGUGUGGCCUCUUGUUGGCGGUGGUGAUGAUAGCAGUGGCAGUGGCGGUGGUGGUGGUGGUGGUGGUAAUGGUAAUGGAAGGGAUGGGGAGGUGCCGCGGUAUAUUGUGGGGUUUGAAGGGGUUGAGGGGGUGUUGAGGCGG